AUGGCUGUGAAGAGAACGCCGGCGGCCAAGAAGGCGUUGACCAAGAAGGCUGCAAUGAAGGUGCCAGCCAAGCAGGCGGCAAUGAAGAAGAUGCCAGCCGAGAAAGCGGGAAUGAAGAACCACGCCAUGAAAUCUGUGAAGAUGCCCAGGAGCCCAUGGAAUCAGAUGACAGAGAAGAAGAUGCGAGCAAGUGAGAAGAUUGAGAAGGAACCUGCCCAGAAGCGCAGGUUUGUGUACUCCGUCAGUCGUAUGAGUGCGCAGGAGAAGAAGCGUGUCUGGAACGAAGACAUGGAUGAAUGUGUGGGGGAAUGGGUGGAGGUUGUGAACUACAACAAGCGCUUUCGCGAACCACCGCCAUGCCCACGCAAAAAGUGGAUCCAGGCCUGUAUGGAGGAACGUGGAUGGUUGCUGUUGAAGGUGAAGCUGGCACACCGGCCAAGUGGAUGGCUGAAGAUUGAAUCUCAUGAGCUGCCGCAUUUGUAG